AUGUCUAGCUCAGAAGAUAUCAGUGAGCCUGCCGUAUGGAUGGGGAAAUGGGUUUUUUUGCAUAUACUACCAGUACUAGGACCACGGCUUGUUGGAUGGACUGGGAAUAGUGAGGUAGUCACUCUGUUCAUUAACAUUGUUAAGCGGUGCUUGCUAGUUUUAACAUCUGCACCACCGUUCUGGCCCAGACUUGAGGCAUUUAAAAAGUUUUUGAGGAGUAUAAUGAAUGAGGUGCUUGAUAAGAUGACUGUUAGUGAGAAUGUCAGUGGGGAUAGUUUGAUGACAGGCAGCGAACUUGGACGAGAGAGUGUCUGGGAUGGGUUUGGUAUUGGCAAUAGCAUCUCCAACAAUGCGAGAGGGCUUGUUGCUUGUUUGUCUAUGGUCCAGGCGCUGAUGGAAGCAGAAACAAAAUCAAACUCUCACUCUCUUAUACUCAAUGACUCGGAUGUUCUCAAACUACUGACCUAUCUGAACAAACUGUGGCAACAAAUGCAUAUACUUCUUGUCUCUUUGGAUGAGAAGAAGUCGGCUUCACAUGACACAUUAUUAUCUCUUUUAGAAGAGGGACUGAUACGAUUCUGGACCAUUUGUUCACGAGCGAUUGAACUAAAAGAGCAUGUUAAAUUCGGUUCCAGUUUCGCCAGUGCUGGGGUCAAAGCUAUGGACAGCGUUCCCAAGUGUUUGGUCCUGUCAGGCAAUAGUGUGCUUGAUGUGUGCUGUGCAGAGUUUGUGUUAGUGGUCCGAGUGCGGAAGCUUCAAAUUAACGUCAAUACGGUGGGUCAAAACUUCCAAUUUCAAUCCGAAGAUGAAAAAAUAAAUUCGAAUUUGCUCAAAGCAUGUCUUAGUUUAUCUUCUGCCUCAGAAUCAGUAGCCACUGUCAAAAAUGUGCGAUUUUCCUCCUCAUAUAUCCAGAAUCUUAGGGAUAGCUAUCUGAACUGGCCAGUUUUCCAGGAACCACCUGUUGUAAACCCUGAUAUGUCGGCUAGUCAGGUAGUUUUUGAAAGAGCAUUUCUCAAUUGCACCCCCCUCAAAAAGCUACCAUCAGAUAUUUCCACUAAACUUGCAUCUGGUUCUCUAAAGGACAUUACUUUAUUUAUUUCUUCUUCAAUAUUCACGGCAUUAUCUGUUCCUGAUAAGCAAUUAAUUAUACGACACAUUGGUGUGCUUGGAUGUAUGCUCUCGGAAUCAUAUGUUUCGAGCAUUCAAAAGUGUAGAGUAUGCGACAGACCAACCCCCGUGCUAGACAGUGACAGACCAUCAUUCAAUGAAGGCUUUCACGAGCUGUUUCUAGCUCUGAUCCACUCGGACCAUUUUCAGGAAGAGUCAGGGCUCCGACUAGAGACUUUGCAUGCAAUGAAACGGGUAUAUACGUCGUAUUGCCCGGAUUUUGCCUUUAACAACAAAUCUGAUCUAGGAAUAUGGCUUAUUGCUUGUCUGAGAAGCACGUCUCGUGAAAUUCGUGUAGCUUGUACCAGAAUUCUUCCUUGUUUCAUAACUGUACCAGACCCCCAGGCUGAUCUACAAGCAGAUAAUAUUUUCAAAUUUCUUUCAUCUAUUAAUUUUGAAGCUGACACAUAUUUAUUCGAAACUACUAUAAUGGCAUGGGGUCAAAUAGCUAGACAUUCACGCGGCGACCGUUUGAAUUUCAUUUUAAUGCGACUGCUAGAAUACCUCGGCUCAAGUAAUGCAUUUCAUAGCUCAGUGGCCUACCACGAAAUCACUGGAAUUGCCAGAUCUAAAAAUCUCACAUGCUGGCAGCUCUUUACUCCAUUCUGGUCGACAAUAAGUGUGGUUAUCGUGAAGCAAAUGGUGGUCAACAAGUCCCUUCUAAAACGAUUCGCAGAGCUACUUCAUAUUCCCACCGUCGAUUUCUUGCAAAGGACAACUUCAUUUACGGUUCCAUAUCUUGUAUUAGCCAAGAAAUAUGAUGCCGUUGAAAUGAUUGCAGAGGCUUGUGGAUCUACCAGUAAGAAGAUUUAUCUUGAUCAUGUACCAAUGAUUUUGGCGGUUCUACUCACACAAGAUGUACCAAAUCCAGAAGUUUUUGCUGAACAGCGAUGGCUAGAUGCUGACCCAUCAUUUGGUAUCGUCGAGUUUGCAGACGUGAUUAGUCCCAAUAUCCAGGGUCUUUCUUUUGAACUUCUGAAGCUCGCCCCUAGUAUCGGACCUGAGGGUGUGAUUUCAGAGACAGGCGAUGAAACAUCGCAUGAAAGCGGGGUCUUGCAUCGGGACUAUUAUGACAAUGGCAAGGCCCUUAGAAUUGAGAACGCCCUAAAAUAUCUGGCAUCGAUGAAGUAUGGAUUAGACGGAGCCAAAAGUCUACCACUGCUCUUUAGCGAGGGUCAUGUGCUGCAGCUUGUCGCCCAGUUCGCUGACACGGUUCGAAAUUUGUCGGGACGUAAGUCGUAUACUGUCAAAUUACAAUGCAUACGGGGAAUAUCUAUGAUGAUGAGAUUUGCUGACUCUAGUCUAUCUAGUGCUGUUCCUCAGAUCUGUGCUUUUUUGCAGUCUGCACUCGACACUCAAGAACUCCAGCAGACAGCUCUCCAAGCUUGGCAUAUCAUGACUGAUGAAGUCAACGACCUGGAAUCGAUAUUAGAUCUAACCUUUUGUGUGGUAGUUCAGAAAUGGUCACAAUUGUUACCGGCUGCUAGAAAAGAAGCACAAAAAAUGGUAGAAAACAUUAUCGUUAACAAACAAUCGAAGCUGUUGCCAAUACUCCCUACAAAGGGUGUUCCAUCGUUAGCGAAUAUUCCAGAGUUGCAGAACUUGCAUGACCUGAUUCGAAAGCAAUAUCCUAAAUUUCAGGGUGUCUCACAUUUUUACUUUUCACUCAGCCAACUUGUACAACGGAGUAAUAGUGAAAACAGAUAUGUUGUUCGACAAACUUUACAAGAAUUGAGCGAAUUGCUGUUAAAUUAUCAGGAUGAGAUCCAAGCCAGUCUCAACCGUGAAAAGCUUCUUGAUCAUAUCAAGUAUGCUAUACGUUCAUUGUUGAACAUCACCUUCGCAUUUAGAUCUUCGGAUACCGAUAUUCCUCUAUUGUGCUCCCAGUGCCUCGGUUUGAUUGGUGCUAUUGACCGUCACAAAGUAGACAUCAGUCCGGAACAUGAUAGUCUCAUUGUUCUCCACAAUUUCGACGAAGCCAAGGAAAGCAUAAUGUUUGUAUCCAAAAUGAUCGAAGAAUUUUUGAUUCGUUCUUUCAAAGCGUCAACCGAUCCCAGCGUUCAAAUGUUUCUUGCAUACGGCAUUCAAGAAUACUUGAAGUUUUGUAACAUAAAUGAAGAUAUUGUGCAAGGCAAAGAACCCUCAGAGGUUUGGGAAAGGUUUUCUUCUUCAUCUAAGCCGUAUUUGAUCCCUCUUGCUUCAACUCGUUACUCAGCACCUGCGCCUCCAUUGCCAAAUGAGAGUAGUCCGAUUUUCUCAUCUUCAAUCUCGUAUCCUCGUUGGUUGCAGGCUUUCACUUACAGCUUGAUGUCUAAAGCUCGAGGUGUAAAUGCUGGCAAUAUUUUCACAGUUUGUCGAAAAAUGGUAAGAGAUAGAGAUCAUUUCCAAUCUUUGUUUGACUUUGUAUUACCUUAUGUCUCACUAAAUGUGGUUAUUGGUGGUACAGAGCAUGAUAGAAACGCUCUCCUUGAUGAGAUUUCCAAAAUUCUCACAACCACUUCUCAUCCUUUCGACGACAUGGGUCAGUUCCAUAGACGGAUAUUUACAAUUCUUGAUUACUUUAACAAGUGGAUGAGAGCUAUGAAGAAAAUGAAUUCCAACAGGCGACGAGCACAACCAAUAGAGCAAGCAGAAUCAGUUGAAAUAAUUGACAAAUUUUUACGAAACAUUAGUCCAGAUCUGAUGGCACAGCGGUCUUAUGAAUCGAAAUCAUUCCCAAGAGCAAUUAUGUACUGGGAGCAACACCUCAAGGAUUCCUCGUUACCAUCGGCAAGUGAGCUUGCAAUUUAUUCCAAGUUCCAAGAGAUAUACGCUCAAAUUGAUGAGCCUGAUGCGUUUGACGGAGUAACGACUCUUAUUCCCUCACUAGGGCUUGACAAACAAAUCCUUCAGUAUGAAACAACUGGAAGAUGGCACGAGGCUCUCGAGUGUUACGAGGUGCUAAGUGAAUCAGAGGUUUAUAAUUGGGAUCUUAACACUGAGUUAAAGAUGUUCAACUGUAUGAAAGAAAGUGGACGAUACGACGACCUGCUCACGAGACUAGAAGAUUCAGUUAGGCAGAAGUUUGAUGUCCCCGAGCAGCUUAUAAGUUUGGGAAUAGAAGUUUCAUGGCUAUCAGGAAGAUGGCAGUCUCUGGAGAAAUGGUUGUCUUGCACGACCAAUGAUACUUAUGAGUCUAAUGUCGGCAAUGCACUUCUUGCGCUUCGAGAGAAGCGGGCCGACGAGCUCCAGCACCGAAUUGUUCGAGCCAGGGAAAAGGUUGCCAGCGGGCUGUCCUCUAAUUAUGUCACAUCGUUGGGCCAGUGUACUGAAGCAUUUGUUCGACUCCAUGCCUUAGCAGACCUGGAGAGCAUUGGGAGUCUUGCGUGUGCUUUGUCUGGAUCCGAUGAGCUGAGGCAUGAAGACUUUUCAGUGCGAUUGGAUAAACGUCUAGCAGUUGUUGGCCCAGAAUUUGAUGCGCGGAGAUAUUUGCUGGCACUUAGACGGUCAGCAGUUUCGGUAUCUGGACUGAUUUUUGCUUCUCAGGAAGUGGCAAUGACAUGGGUUAGCAGUGCCCACGAUGCGCGGAAGCAGGACCAGCCAACCUUGGCUCUUCGAGCGAUUUUGCAAGCGACUGCCCUUGAUAAUCGUUUGGCUAAAGUAGAAUAUGCGAAGCUGUUGUGGAAGCAAGGAGAGCAAAGGAAGGCAGUUACUACAUUGGAAAGUGCUGUGGAUCGUCACUUUUUAUAUGAGGAAAGCAGGUUUAUUCAAGACCCAGACGUAUCGAAAGCUGAUGCUAAAGCGGCACUGUUAUAUACUAGAUGGAUUGACUAUUCUGAUCAAGCUGACAGUGAUACUAUUCUAUCAAAGUAUCAAGCUGUCACGUUUGUUAGUCCUAAAUGGGAAAAGGCAUACUAUCAUCUAGCAAGAUAUUACAACAAAAUUUUUGAUUAUCAGACAACAUUGGCCGAAACAAUGCGUACAGAUGCUUACUUAGAUGGGUCAUUGGUGAAUUUCAUGGUUAAAGCGUACUGCCGGUCACUUCAAUACGGUGCCAAGUAUGUCUAUGAAACAAUGCCUAAACUUAUUACCAUUUGGUUAGAUUUUUCCAGUGUUGCCAAUAAACUUUCAGUCAGUAAUUUCAGCAAUGGUACGAAAAUUCUCAAGGCCAGAAUAGAAUCUUCAGAAUCCAAUAACUCCAAUGUCCGGAAACUAGCAACUAAGAUUCCCUCUUACAUGGUAAGUAACUAA